UGUGUUUGGCGCGCCUAUUCGCUUUCCGAAUUCGAAGGUUACCUGAAACGGUUCUCUAUCAUGACAUUUAAUUGUAUGGUACAUAAAAGUUCGUUUAUUUUUUACAGCUAUAAUAGCGUCUGUUCGUCUGUAUCCGCUAUGAUGAACUGUUAACAAGUCACACUAUAAUUACGUCAACAGUGCUAAAUCUAUUGUUGAGAAUUUCGCAGCGUCUUAGUGCAGACUUCUACCGUUCGAAAUUCAAACAAAUUUGACUUUCAAGCAAGCGUUUUGAUCAUUGACGUUUCCAUUAACUGCAUAUGUGUUUUCGAUGAAGUAGAUAAAAAAUUCGUUUGAAUUUGAAAUUGCUUUUUUUUUUUUUUCGUUUUGGUUACUCACUAAGCUACCGUCCGACUCACAACGUUACCUACGCAAGCAAAUUCACUGUUUAAAGAGUCAUCGAUUACACCAAAAAACUCUUUCUAAGCACAUUGUCUGUAACUGCAACCUGGGACGGAGCUGUUCAACUUCAAAUAUUCUUGAACGGUAGAAUUUUGUUUUCAUAAGAUUGCUUUCACGAUGCUUGUGCUGUUUACUAUGUUGUCUAUAAAUAUAAAUAAUACUUACAUGCACAGCACACCCGUUCCAUGCUAUUAAUUUUAGGGGAAGCAAAUUAAUUUGUAGGGUUAAAAUAGUUAUCCGUUUUGUGCUGGGUAACUGUUAUGUACGAGAGAAAUCGUUAAAUCCAUAAUAUAUGUGACUGCGUUGUUAUGUAAAUAUCAAUGGUGCUAAGUGUAAGCUGAAACCUGAUAUUUAAAAUUCCAGUGUUAUUUAUUAAUAAUAAUAAGAUAAUAUUUUCGCUACUAUUGCAUCUUAUAUGAGCUUAAUAUAGGUAAUAAUAUAAACAGCACAAUCUAAAAAUUGUAUUAGGUCUUUAGCAAUAAAUACGGCUAUAUCACUUGGUUGAAUGUUUUCAUUUAAAACCUGCAUAUUCAUAACAUGUUUUUGCAGUAGAAGUAAUUUCAGGAGGAAAAAAUUUAGUAUUAGAAUAUUAUGGACGACGAUAAAGGAGUGGGGAUCUCUGAGGCUAAAAAAGAACAGAACUCUAAAAGCACAAAAAAUGAAGCUGGUAGGAAGCCGCCAGGGAUUGUCAUUUCAAAGCUCGACUCGUGGUCUGUUCAUCGUAUUUGUUCAGGACAGGUGGUCAUCAGCUUAGCAGUAGCAGUAAAGGAGUUGGUUGAAAACGCGCUUGACGCGGGCGCCAAGGAAGUUAUCGUUCGAACCAGGGAGUUUGGUUCAAAAUCAAUCGAGGUUCAAGAUAAUGGCGAAGGUAUAUUACCAGAAAACUACGAUUCACUGUGCCUCAAGCACUUCACGUCCAAGCUUCGGAAGUUUUCUGACCUCGAAAGCAUUGCAACUUUCGGGUUUCGCGGGGAAGCUCUCAGCUCGCUGUGUGCUCUAGGACAGGUUUCAGUAGUAACGAAGCAUACUUCCAAGGAAGUGGGUGCUUCAUUAAGAUAUAACAAUGAGGGUGUUCUGGAAGAAAGCAAACCGUGCGCUCGUGAAACCGGUUCAACUAUAUGUGUUGAGAACAUUUUCUCAUCACUGCCAGUGCGUCAUAAGCAGUUCAUGACAGCUUUGAAAAAAGAAUUCACCAAAAUGGUGCAUUUUAUAUCUGGCUAUGCUCUUAUUGCGCGGGGGGUGUCUCUUUCGGUUGUAAAUUUUGAUGAUAAAGGCCGAAGAAAUGAGGUUCUCAAGAAACGAGCACAUAUAACAUAUAAAGACAAUAUAGUGGACGUGUUUGGAUACAAAGAAGCAUCGAAGUUGGUCGAGUAUGAGCCAGUGUCAUUGCCACUUGAUGUCAAAAUUCUUGAAGAAUUUCGGCUUACGAAAGUAGGCAUCGAGUAUUUUGAAGAAGUUUGUAUUGAGGGGUUUAUAUCAAGUUGCAUGCACGGCAAGGGACGUUCAACAGCUGAUCGGCAGUUUUUUUUUGUCAAUUCACGACCUUGUGAUCAUGCUAAACUAACUAAACUUGUGAAUCAGGUGUAUCACCAAUACAACAUUACGCAACAGCCCUUUAUUAUGUUGAACGUUCUUACCCCACAAGCUCUGGUCGAUGUAAACCUAACACCAGAUAAACGUACUCUGCUUCUUCACCGCGAAAAUGUGAUGCUGGCAAUGAUCAAGGCGUCCCUUGCAGCCAUGUUUGAUAAGCAAGCCACACAGUAUUCGGUCAACUCGAUUGAGGGAAUCCCAUCUCAGAUAUCGAUGCUUCGUUCUAGCUUUGUUGACAACACGCCCGAUUGUUCUUUUAAAUCACUAAACACGAGCAUUCAAGACAACUCAAUCAUAACAGGCUUGAUUGAUGGAGACGAAGAUAUUUCCGAUGUUAGAACCGACGGUAAGGGAAAUCACCAGGUUGAAGUCAAAGACUUCCGGUCAAGAUUUGUCUCUAGUGGUUUUGAGAAAAGAGACAGUUUAGGCACACGCGAUACAUCGACUGGCAUCGUCGGGAACAUAAGAGAUGCUGCUUGUGCAUCGUCCUCGGCUAAAAUCAACAUUAAAGGCCGUUUUGAAUUCGUAAAUUUAUCGUCAAAGAGAAAGAGCCAAGACGCGCAAUUUUCCGCUGCAUCAGGCCGGCCGAAGAGGUCAACAGGUGAGUCUGGCUGUAGGCCUUUGUCAUCGUUUGGGUUCACAAGGUCACUGGGAAAGGAACAAGAAGCCGAUCCGAAUUUUAUACUUGAAGAACGAGCAAGACGUCUUGACGCUUUCUUGAAAGGUGUUCAGCAGAACUGUAAGGUACAGUAUAUUAAGUCGACUGAGCGAGAUCAAGUAGAUCUAUCGAAAAACGAUCAGGCCCCUUUUAUCGCAGGUAAUGUUAUGGAUACGGACGCCAACAGCACAUCUGAUUCAGAUAUAGAUUCUACUGAGAAGAGGCCUGUGACUUCGAGGCAAAGUCGUCAUGUAGACAAGAGCCAAAAUUCAGCAUCCCAUCGUAAUAUAAUUGAAAUGCGCAUUGGAAGCCACACAGAGGUCAAUUCUUCUAUAAGCGAUAGUGAGCCUAUUUUAAACGAUAGUCCACCAGAGAAGCAAGCACCGGUGCGGAUUGAUAAUAGUCUUAGUGAUAACAAACCUGCUAUGGCUGACCCGACAAUAAGCAACGAGGAUGGUCAUGCAAAUGACUUUAAUGGAAAUGACAACACUUUUGUUGAUGACGUUUCCAAAAGGCGUGUUGGCAUAUGCAAACUUAGCUGGACAAUAGAUGAGCUACGUCAAGAUUUCCAGGCAGCUAUUCGCCAGGAAGAUCUCAGGGAAGCACCCACUCAGACCGUAAAAGGUGACUGUCGCUUUAGAGCUCGCAUCAAUCCCAAAGAAAAUAAUUCUGCAGAAUCCGAACUUAUUCGGGAAAUAUCUAAGGACAUGUUUAAGAAAAUGGAGAUUAUUGGCCAGUUUAAUAAAGGCUUCAUUGUCGUCCGACUUCGUAAUGAUCUGUUCAUCGUAGACCAGCAUGCCGCCGAUGAGAAGUUUAAUUUCGAGACGCUCCAAGCAACCACCUCGAUUGAUUGUCAGCCUUUAGCUGUUCCUCAGAAACUAUCCUUGGCGCCAGGGAAUGAACAGACGGUUAUAGAACACAUAGCUAUCUUUGAAAAGAAUGGAUUUCGAAUCACUAUCGAUGAAGAAGCACCUUGGGGCCAUCGGUUGGCACUGAACGCCGUACCUCAAUCUGGUCAGUGGCAAAUGGGUAUGGCCGAAGUGGACGAGCUAAUCUUUAUGCUUAACGACAACUCACAUCCAAACCUGAUAAACUGCCGUCCCGCUAAGGUCCGAUCGAUGUUUGCAAUGAAAGCGUGUAGACGUUCAGUAAUGGUCGGCGACGAACUAAGCCGAAGAGACAUGAAACGAGUCGUUGGCCAGCUAAGCGAAUUACAACACCCUUGGAAUUGCCCGCACGGAAGACCUACCAUGAGACACCUUGUCAAUUUGUCUUUUGUUAACGUCUACUAAACGCUACUGCCCAACAAGGCUGAAUCUGAGCUAAUUACUACAUUAUGUCAUGAAGAUGAAUACGCUUUGAAAUCGCGUCAAAGUGUACUUAGAUGGUGGGAUGACUCGACCAUUCGGAGUCGUCAAUUCUUCGCUAAAUUCAUGAAAAACUCAAAAUGUGUUACGAUAUAAUUGCUAAAUAUUUUUGAUUACGGUACUAAGACAGAUACGUGCAACACCAUAAACUGAUGGCCAAUGGGAUUAUACUGUGUCUCUAUAUUAUUUUAGGAAAAUCAUUGAUUUGUAUCUGCGUAAAGUAGGUUGAAAAAUUAUUUUAGAACUGCUGUCAAUGUAAAAACAAUUUAGGCUAUGACGUCAUUUGUGGCUCAUGAAAGCUUCUCCCAAGUUUUAGAAACGCAUAUAUUUUGUGAUGUCUAUUACUUCCUUGUGUCCUUUAUGAGACUUUACCGAUAGUGAUAGUCGUGUUCGCACUCAUCAUUCAGACUAUCAAUUUUGAUAUUACAUAUCAAUACAAAACAACCUACGCACCAUUUGGGGGGGGGGGGUCCUUAGUAUUAAUGACAUGUUUAUAACUGAAAUAAAAGUGUAAAUUCAAAAAUAUUCUUCUAAAGAAGAUGUGAGUUGUCUAUAUUUGACAUGUUAGGGAUUUUAAUGGAUGUUUGGAUAUCUAAAAAAAUUUGACACCCAAAGACUUGACACCCGAGAUUCUAAGAAAAAAAAAAUGUGAAAUAGAAGCAGGUGACUUUCCACUGGUAUAUGCAUGGUGAACUCUAUUGGUCUGUUCGAUUCAAGUCUGUCUUCGUUAAGGAUACAACGUUUUAUUAAAAAAAAGCGGGCAACCAUAGUGACAGCAAAUUGUUGAAUGGACCUGCGUGGGUCAACAUGAUUUUUGGUAAUGGCUCCAUUUCAACGAAAUAUGCUAUAAAAUUUGCUGUUUUGUAUAGUAUCGUAAUUUUAUAAGCUAUUGUGACUGAAUACAUACCAUUAAAUAGCUACUCUCUUAGCCUAGCCU